AUGGCGGAGCUGGCAGUGACUGGCAGCGUCAUUACUGUAGCCGCUUUGGCAUGGCAGAGUACCAAAAGGCUCUAUGGGUUAGUCGAUGCACUGAACAAGGCUCCGGAAGCUAUUGCACACACCAAAUUCAAUCUCUCCUCAAUGCAGAGCACGCUAGAGACGCUGAGACACACUCUGGACACCGAAAAGUCCGCAGCCUUCGAGGCGGCCUUGCAGGGAACCAGGCUGGCCGACGCAUUGGAGGGUUCGCAGCAGGAGUGUGAUAGGUUUGGCAAAAAAAUCCAGACUUAUACAAAGCAUUCGAAAGACACCACCGUCAGCAAACGCGACAGAUUCACCUUGAACUUCCAUGAAACUGAGAUCAAUGGAUUCAAUGGUCGCUUACAAGAUCACCGGCAGGUCAUCACACUCGUCUUAACUUCGAUGAACCUGAUAAUCUCAAAGUCCUCAUCCACAGAUACCCAGCAGCUGAGUGAGCGAUUCACAACUCAAGAGACGGAACUCAAGGCUUUAAACACGCAGCUAAACAAUACAUUAAGCCAUCUUCAAGGUCUCUCGCUAUCAACUAGGACCGACGAAAACACAGCAACCGCUGCUGAAGACCGCGAUUGGAAUAUCCACUCUAUAUUGAGACUGAUGAGCGUCUGUCGGGACGCUAUCUCAGCUACAUCUGAAGCAAAGCCAACCAAUCUCAAGUUUGGAGACCACUCUGCAGACAAUUCCCGGUUUUUCGAAGGCGUUGCUGGCAGGGCGCAGCGGAACGUGACACAAGCGCACGGAAAUGCGGUCGUCACGGGCGGGAGUACUGCAGCGAGGGGCCAGAUGGAUGCAGACACUUUCAAAAUCAUGUUUGGAAGUCAUUAG